AUCAAUCAUUAUCAAACACGAUCCCAACCCAACUCCCCAACAAACAAACACCCUCCAACAAAUUCACAACAAUUAGGGUUUCAAUUCUCUCAACAAUUCACCACCCAAUUACCCCCAAAUCGCCAUGACAGAGGAUCCCGAACCCGAACAACAACAACAACAAAUCACCAUCAACGAACGAUUACGCGACGACGAGCUCCGUGCAGUGUUAUCUAAACUCGAAACCGACAAAGAUAAAGAAGUGUUCGGUCUUGUAUGCAAGAAAUGGCUCUAUUUACAGAGCACCGAGCGGAAGAAGCUCUGUGCACGUGCUGGUCCGCACAUGCUGAAGAAGAUGGCUGCACGCUUCACUCGUCUUAAGGAUCUUGAUCUCUCGCAGUCUGCUUCUCGUUCGUUUUAUCCUGGUGUUACUGAUUCAGAUCUGUCUGUUAUUGCUAGUGGAUUCACUGGGUUAUGUGUGCUUAAACUUCGGGAUUGUAAAGGUAUUACCGAUGCUGGAAUGGCAGCCAUUGGAUCCGGUCUUUCUUCUCUACAGUCAUUAGAUGUUUCCUACUGUAGGAAACUAACCGAUAAGGGGCUGUCAGCUGUUACAGAGGGCUGUCAUGACCUAAAAAGAUUACAUGUUGCUGGUUGUCGCUUUGUUACCAACAAACUUCUGGAAUCUCUUUCUAAAAACUGUCAUAAUUUAGAAGAAUUAGGUUUACAAGGUUGCAUCAACAUCACCGACACCGGACUCACUGCGUUAGCUAACGGAUGUAAACACAUAAAGCAUCUAGACGUAAAUAAAUGCACUAAUGUCGGAGAUCUCGGAAUUUCCACCGCUGCCGAAGCUUGCUCAACUUCGUUAAAAACAUUAAAGCUGCUCGAUUGUUAUAAACUCGGAGAUAAAUCUAUAUUCACAGUGGCUGACCUUUGUAAAAACCUUGAAACCCUAAUCAUUGGAGGAUGUCGGGAUUUAUCUAGCGACUCAAUAAAAUCACUUGGUGCUUCUACUCGUUCCCUUAGGAUCUUACGAAUGGACUGGUGUUUAAACGUUUCAGAUGCUUCGUUAAGUUGCAUACUUUCGCAAUGCACUUCUUUAGAGGUUCUCGAUAUUGGCUGUUGCGAAGAGGUGACGGAUGCUGCAUUUGCAGGAUUAGGGAACGGGAACGAAGGGUCCGGGUUGGGUUUGAAGGUUUUGAAAAUUAGCAACUGUCAGAAGAUCACCGUGUUGGGAAUAAGCAUGGUUUUAAAGGCGUGCAGGUCACUUGAAUACCUUGACGUGAGGUCGUGCCCUCUUGUUACGAAAGCCGGUUGUGACGAAGCUGGAUUGAGGUUUCCGGAAUCUUGUAAGGUGAAUUAUACCGGGAGUUUAGUGGAGCCAGAUGUCUUGACUUGAAUACACGCCGUUACGGUUUUCUUUAUGUUAUUCGGGUGUUUGUCAGUCUCUUUAAUUUGUUUGGUUUGCUGUCUUUGUGGACUUUAUUGUGUGCAUAUUAUCAAAUAUUUAUAACUUUUUGAUUAAAGUUCUUUCUGUUCUAGAAUUGUUUAAAUGUUGUAUUUCAGUUUCAGACUCAAAUUUAAGAUCAAACCAUGACCAGAUAUGUUAUUAAGUUCUAA